CAAGUUGCUUGCCGGGACAACCGAUUUGUACAGCGAAACCCUCUCACACGUGAUCUGCACGUGAGUAUCUGGCUCGGACCUUUUAGACGUAUUUGCUUCCCCUGCGACAAGAAAGAGGGAGAGGGAGAAGAGGGAGCGUUCGAAAGUGGAGAGACAAGGAAGAUACAAAGAUAAAGAAAAGAAGGAAAGCUGAAAAGAAGAAAAGAAAGAGCGGGAACAAACCCUGGUUAGGGCUCGACGCCGACGAAAGGUAUUAACAAUCGAAGCAUCCCAGCGAGACGUGCCCGGCAAUGGCGGCCGCCGAGGGAUCGAGCACCGGCUCGUCUCAGUCCUCAUCCUCGUCCUCGCGGGCGGCGGAUUCGUACAUCGGGAGCCUCAUCAGCCUCACCUCCAAAGCCGAGAUCCGCUACGAGGGCGUCCUCGUCUCCAUCAACCCCCAGGAGUCCACCAUCGCCCUCCAGAACGUGAGGUCAUAUGGAACUGAAGGACGAAAGAAAGAUGGUCCUCAGAUUCCACCUAGUGACAGAGUCUAUGAAUAUAUUCUGUUCCGAGGAAGUGACAUCAAGGAUUUGUUAGUGAAGUCAUCUCCAGUUCUUACAAAACCUCAGGCAUACAAUGAUCCAGCUAUUAUUCAGUCAUGUAACGCUUAUGCACCUAGUACAUCAGCUUCAGUUGGAGGUGGGGCUCUUCCUGGUCAAGGCUCCCAUGCUGCACAGUCAUCUUUAGCCAGGUCAUCAUAUUCAGAUGCAUUUUCUCUGUAUCAAUCUGGGGCUACCCUCAGUUCUGGGGCUUCCUCGCCUGCUUUUUCAAAUGUAAACAGGACCUCUUUUAGUACACCUAUGUAUUGGCAAGGCUAUGCUGGUGUGCUAGAUGGUCAGUCUCCUAAACAGCAAUUGUUUCAUUCACAACCCCCUUCAGGAAUGGUGCAGGAUCAGUUGCACUUACCUGAAAGUCAGGCACCAACAAGCAUGCCAAAUUUCACAGAACCUACCCAUUUAACCUUCACGUCUGCUGCCACCUCUUCUCAUUUUGCAAUUUCUACCCCUUCUGAUGUGUUCCUAUCAGUAUCCAGCGAUCCUUCUCAGCUGUCUCAUCCAUUGUCACCUCUGUCUUAUUCACGGACGAAGUCCUCAUUUUCUUCAUCUAAUCAAGAGUUAAAUGCAUCCAUGCGUUCGGUUUCUACCAAAGCUGGAUCUUCCGCAAUACCAGUUCUUCCCAUGCCAAGUUUGUCUUAUUCGUCAUCUUCAAUUUUGGGGUCCACUACUUCUCCUUUAACUACAUUGCCUCCUUUGCUGACCCCUGAUCAGUUUACACAAUCUAGACCAACAGCAUCCUCGUCUAACCAGAGACUGACCCCUGAGCGAGAAGACAUGGCAGCUGUAUUGCCACCAUCAAAUCCACCAUCAUCUGUUAAGCCACUGCCUCAGGAACCAUUGUUGCCAUUGCAGUUAUCUUCCCAACAGGGUCAGGGUCGGAUGGCUCAGUUCACCGAAGAAUUUGAUUUUACAUCCAUGAAUGAGAAGUUCAACAAAGACGAAGUUUGGGGGUCACUUGGGAAGGCAAAACUAAGAAGCACAAUAGGAAAUGGAAUGGAAGAAAAUCCCAUUCACGAUAAUGUGGAGGUUGAAGAGGGUUAUGGACAAGAUCCCAAGCUUGGCCGCAAUCCUGUAUAUAAUAAAGACAACUUCUUCGACAAUCUUUCUUGCAACUCACUUAACCGAGGAUCAUGGAGUGGCCGCAUGAAGUUCUCCGAGCGAAUGAAAUUAGACACUGAGACUUUUGGUGAGUUCCAACAGGGCGCUCAUUUGGGUCGUGGCAAUCAUGGUCCUGCUCAUCCUGGUAACUUCAGGGGAUCGUACAACCGAGGAAGAGGCUAUGGAUAUUAUUAUGGUGGGAGGGGGCAUGGAGGAUAUAGACCUGUCUAGAAGCUUUUAUAUGUUCAAUUGCCCUAGGAUUUGUGCUUUUGCGAGUGUACUCUUAUCAGUCCUAUUCGACCCUUUAAUCUGCAGCGGCUCUCAAAACCACUUUCCUACUGCAUCAAGUCAUGGCCUCAUAGGCUUCCCUUUUUGUACUAGGAGGCAUACCAUGACUCUCCUUGCGUGGUUUUCAAGUAACAUUGAAAUAAAGAACUGUUAAUGGACUUACCAGAUGUGCAUCUUUCAAUUGGACAGAUAUGCUAAAAGAAGGUAAGGAGGCACCUACAGAUUAUCGAGUGAUAGGGGGAGUUCUGCUUGAGAAGAUCUGGGCUUGUGUAACGCAGGCUACAGGGAUGGUGUUUGCGAGGACCUUCCUACAGAAGUGUCCAAAAAUAUUUUGGGAAGAACAAAGACAAGUGAAUGCGGGAAGGAUUUUUAGCUAAUCCAUUUCAGAAGAUUCUUAACAAAAAAUUAUAACCGUUGUCAAAAGUUGGUCAAUAUAUCAGACCAUGCUGAUGGAAUGAAGCUUCUGGCUUGUCCUAAUAAUUAUUGGUGGUGAAAAUGUCAUCCGAAUUUUAGGAUGAUUUGUACUUCAAAACAAAAAGCAGCUUCUGUGACAACGCCAAUUCCUU